AGGAGGGCGCCAAGGCGGGAGACAGCACGAAAGGCGAUCACCUCUGGCCGGUUUUGAUCCAAUCGCCGAUAUCUACCGAGCAGCGGGGCUGCACGGGCACCUGCCUCUCCCUCUCCGUGCAUGAGGACGACACAGUGGCUUCAUCGGGGGGAUUUGUGGUCCGAGGAGCGCGUUUUUACUCAAGACGUCCAAGCAGCGAGAUUAUAGCCCACUGUGACUGCUGAUAGAGUGAUCUGACCGGCCAAACAACAAUAAUAAUAAUAAUAAUAAUAAUAAUAAUAAUAAUAAUAAAGGGAGGCGGAGAGGAGCUAUUUCGCGGUUUCUACAUAAACUCCCCGGAAUACAAAUCCAGGUGGUGAAUAGAGAAAAGUCACAGCCCAGUGCUGGAUCCCAGGGGGACUGUCAGUGUGGUAAGGACCCUUGAGACGAAGGAGGGUGCAUGGAGGGUUCAAGGCCUGUAAAGCCAGGGUCGUCGGCCUGCCUCUGGUUGGGGCUGGUCUCUGUGGCUGUAGCCUUCCUUUGUACAGAGGCCCGGACCACUCCGAGCCCUCUGCUAACCCCUAGCAAUGCAACCUGCUCGGGAAACUCCAAGUGUCAUGCAGGUAUCAUCCUGCCCAUCUGGUAUCCCGAGGAUCCCUCCAUGGGAGACAAGAUCGCACGGGUCAUUGUGUAUUUUGUGGCCAUGAUCUACAUGUUUCUCGGAGUGUCCAUCAUUGCCGACCGCUUCAUGGCGGCCAUCGAGGUCAUCACCUCCCAGGAGAAGGAAAUUGUCAUCAAAAGGCCCAAUGGGGAAACGACCACCACCACAAUUCGGGUGUGGAAUGAAACGGUCUCGAACCUCACCCUCAUGGCCUUGGGCUCGUCCGCCCCUGAGAUUAUGCUCUCUGUAAUUGAGAUUUGUGGACAUGGGUUCAAAUCUGGUGAGCUCGGGCCAGCCACAAUUGUCGGCAGUGCAGCCUUCAAUAUGUUUGUCAUCAUUGGCCUCUGUGUGUCUGUCAUUCCCCAAGGAGAGGUACGCAAGAUCAAACACCUCCGAGUGUUCUUUGUCACUGCAGGCUGGAGCAUCUUUGCUUACAUCUGGCUCUACAUGAUUCUGGCUGUGUUUUCUCCCAACGUAGUCCAGGUCUGGGAGGGUCUACUCACACUGGCCUUCUUCCCCAUAUGCGUACUCCUUGCAUGGGUAGCGGACAGACGACUACUCUUCUACAAGUUCAUGCACAAGAAGUAUCGCACCGACAAACACAGGGGCGUCAUCAUUGAGACGGAGGCAGAACGCUCCAAGGGGAUUGAGAUGGACGGCAAGAUGGUCAACUCUCACUUCAUGGACGGAGGGGCGGCAAGCAAUCUCAUUGGUCUGAUCGAGAGCAAAGAGGUCGACGAGUCCCGGCGCGACAUGAUCCGCAUCUUGAAAGACCUGAAGCAGAAGCACCCCGAGAAAGAGAUGGAUCAGCUGGUUGAGAUGGCCAACUACUAUGCUCUCUCCCACCAGCAAAAGAGCCGUGCCUUCUACCGCAUUCAAGCUACACGCAUGAUGACAGGCGCGGGGAACAUCCUGAAGAAACACGUCGCAGAGCAGGCGAAGAAGAGCGUCAGUGUGCAGGAGGUGCACGUGGAGGAGCCAGAAGAGUACGUGUCUCGAAUUGCGUUUGAGCCUGCCGUCUACCAGUGCCUCGAGAACUGUGGCGCCGCCAUUCUGUCCAUCACCAGAAAGGGUGGCGACAUCAACAAGACCAUUUACGUGGAUUAUAAGACGGAGGACGGCUCGGCUAACGCCGGGGCCGACUACGAGUUCUCAGAGGGUACAGUAGUGUUCAAACCAGGAGAGAUGAUCAAGGAAAUCAACAUUGGCAUCAUAGACGACGACAUCUUUGAAGAGGACGAGCACUUUUUUGUGCGGCUCUGUAAUCUGCGUGUCCUGGAGACGGAGGACGAGGUGCUGUCCCCCAACAGUCUCCCAUACCCAAAGGCCAUGCUGGGCUUCCCCACCGUGGCCACCGUGACCAUUCUGGAUGACGAUCAUUCGGGCAUCUUCACCUUUGAGAGUAGCUCGGUGCACAUCAGUGAGAGCAUUGGUAUUAUGGAAGUGAAAGUGCUAAGGACUUCUGGAGCAAGGGGGACAGUCGUUGUGCCUUAUCGCACCAUGGAGGGACUCGCCAAAGGAGGAGGGGAGGACUUUGAAGACACCUACGGAGAGCUUGAGUUCAAAAACGACGAGACCUGCAAACUUGUUCACGUGAAAAUUAUUGAUGACGAGGAGUAUGAGAAAAACAAGAACUUCUUCCUGGAGCUGGCCGAGCCUCGCAUGGUAGACAUGAGCCUGCAGAAAGCCCUGUUGUUAGCUGACGAUGUACCAGACAGGAAGAUGACAUCAGACGAGGAGGAAGCCAGGCGGAUCGCAGAGAUGGGAAAACCAGUGCUGGGGGAACACUCCAAGCUGGAAGUCAUUAUUGAGGAAUCAUACGAGUUUAAGAGCACAGUGGACAAGCUGAUCAAGAAGACCAACCUGGCACUGGUGGUGGGAACCAACUCCUGGAGAGACCAGUUCAUGGAGGCCAUUACAGUCAGUGCAGAUGAGGAUGAAGAUGACACAGGGGAAGAACGGCUGCCGUCCUGUUUCGACUACGUCAUGCACUUCCUCACCGUCUUCUGGAAGGUCCUGUUUGCUUGCGUUCCUCCCACAGACUACCUGAACGGCUGGGCCUGUUUCUUCAUCUCCAUCAUCAUCAUCGGCCUGCUCACGGCCGUCAUCGGUGACCUGGCGUCUCACUUCGGCUGCACCAUCGGCCUCAAGGACUCGGUCACCGCUGUGGUGUUUGUGGCACUCGGCACAUCUGUCCCAGACACCUUCGCCAGUAAGGUAUCAGCAGUCCAGGACACCUAUGCAGACGCCUCUAUCGGGAAUGUGACCGGCAGCAACGCCGUCAACGUCUUCCUGGGAAUCGGCUUGGCCUGGUCGGUGGCGGCCAUCUACUGGCACAUGAAAGGGAAGCCGUUUGUGGUGGAAGCCGGCUCGCUGGCCUUCUCUGUCACUCUCUUCACCAUCUUCGCCUUCCUGGCCGUCUCGGUGCUGCUCUACCGGCGCCGGGCCCACAUCGGAGGAGAACUGGGCGGGCCCCGGGGACACAGACUGGCCACGUCAGCCUUCCUUUUCGGCCUCUGGUUCCUCUACAUCCUCUUCUGCAGUCUGGAGGCCUACUGUCAUAUAGAGGGCUUUUAAACCGAAAAGACUUCUAGCGAGGGAGAAUACAAACACACAGGGGUUUAAAGUACAACUUCAGAGGUAAAAGCGUGAAUUCUCACUGUGGAAUUUGGGUCAGUCUUGGUUUCAUGGUAUGAAAGGACAGGAGAGGUAGACCCAGGGUUUUCCCCAGACACCUCCCUUUUUCUCUCUCUCUCUGUCUCUCUCUCACUCUCUCUCUCGCUCUCUCUCUCCCUCCCUCAACCCCUUCUGUAAGGACGCUUGGAUGUGAGUAUCCUGCCCUCUAGUGCCUGUUCGCCCCCAGCAACAGGAGAGCCAUCCUGAGCCUGUGCCAGUGUGCUUACAGUUGGGAUUGGGUUACCACCGAGUCCAGAAGAGGCCGAUGCCGGGGCGCUCCUGCAUUCUACUGGAAGAGACUGCAGUCUUAUAUCCGGAGAGAGUUGAGUUAAUCAGAGGUCUAUAUUUUUCUCAACAUCUGACGAGAAUGACUUUUUUAAAUAAUGUAUUUUGGGGAUAAAAAUGCCAAAAAUUAAUAAAACAAAAAAAAGUUUAAAAAAAAACACACACACACACACACACACACACACACACACACAAAGAGGAUUAAAAGAACUCUUUUCUGAUCUAGGUUGAGGAAUAACAAAAGAUAAUAUCGUAAAUGGGAAUAUUUUGUUGAGUGACAGUGGGAUGGAUUCAUAGUAUUUAUUUUUAAUUUGCGUAGUUUCCUAAGGAGCACUGCAGAGUUCUCAGAAAUCACACAAUGAAUAAGAAGAAGAAGAAGAAGAAGAAGAGGAAUGACAGUGACAGUUCAUACUGGCAGACAAAUCACCAUUCAAACAGGCGAGGAGGAAGAGGUGGACACAGGGAACAUGGUCAAACUGCCCUGAACAUUACUUCCAAACUCUAUAAGUAUCUAUAUAUAUAAUAUAUUUCCAUAUUUUCUGUAUAUUUUGAAUAUUUGUUUAAAUGUGGUCACCUUCUGCUCUAACAGAGGAUUGCUGUG